AUGUCUGUUGCCCGCGAACUACUCAAGAAGCAGCUCAUUGAGUUGACGAGGGACGACUCUUGUGGGUUCUCGGUUGGUCUUGAAGACGAUUCGGAUUUCUUCAAAUGGCGUGUUUGUUUCGAGGGCCCACCGGACUCGCUCUAUGAGGGCGGUCUCUUUUCGGCAAUACUGCAGUUCCCUGAGGACUUCCCCAACAACCCUCCCGAUAUGCGUUUCGAGACGCCUAUGUGGCAUCCUAAUGUUUACCCAGAUGGCCGAGUUUGCAUAUCGAUUCUGCACCCUCCAGGAACUGAUCAGUUUAAUGAACUAGAGUCCGCAGAUGAACGAUGGAGGCCGAUUUUGAGCGUAGAGUCCAUUCUGGUUUCUGUUAUAUCUAUGCUGGCCUCCCCCAAUUUGGACUCCCCUGCCAACGUUGAUGCUGCAGUUGAGUUCAAGAAAGACUACCCGGCUUACAAGAAGAAAGUUCGCAGACUGGUACGGCAGUCUAUUGAAGGAUAA